CGCAUGCGUGGGACUUGACUUCCAUGUUUGUAGUGCGUGGUGAGGGUGGACUAUGGGGUGGACCACCACGGCGGACUUUGACGUUGGACGUCCCUCUUCCAAGUCCUCUUCGUCCUAUAGACAGGAAGUAGCUGCUCCUAAAGUAGAUGAUACCGGCUCUCUCUUCCUCAUCACCGUCAGCGCUAAUGGAAGGUGUCGGGGUAGAAGAGGCGACUGUAAAACAUCUUUAACGUUAGCUGGUGGUGAUGAAGGCAGGUUAACUCUGUCCGUCUGUCUGUCAGUCAGUUGUCUGUCCCGUUGUGUCGGUGAACCAGUUAGUUACGUUUACGUACCGUCAGCUACCAGGUUAGCUCUCUGUUCUACUUAGAUAAAACACAGCCAUGUUUCUUUCGUGUUUGGAGCUAUGGAGAACAUACUGGGAGUGUAUUUCCAGACCUUAUACGGUGUUCAUCUGCUCUCUCACGGCCGGAUUGUACUAUCUGAGGGGCCGUAAGUGUCAGACACCAGUCCUGGUUUCUAGCAAGGCUUUUGGUGCGUUCCUCCACAAGCACUGUCCUGUGGUGGCUGAGCACUUCAGUCCCACUCCGUGGUGCUGGGGAGGCCGGUUUCAAACACUGGUUUGUGCCCUCCUCAAGUCCCGCCCCCCCGUCGUUUAUCGCAAUGAGCUGAUCCGGACAGUUGAUGGUGGUCAGAUCUCUUUGGACUGGAUGGACAAUGAGGCCAGUGCCACCUACCCAGAAUCCUCUACCCGCCCCACAGUGCUGAUCCUCCCAGGCCUGACAGGGAACAGCCAGCAGUCCUAUGUGCUCCAUGCCAUCAGACAGGCCACUCACCGCGGCUACAGAUGUGUGGUCUUCAAUAACAGAGGCGUCGGAGGGGAAGAGUUGCUGACGCCCGUCACCUACUGCGCAGCCAAUACCUCAGACCUCGAGCGUGUGGUACAGCAUGUCAAAGGUCUUUACCCACAUGCCCCUGUGCUUGGUGCUGGGGUGUCUUUGGGAGGCAUGUUACUGUUAAACUACUUGGCCCGUAAGCGCACAGAAACAGGGAUGGUGGCGGGUAUCACCAUCUCAGUACCCUGGGAUGCACAGAAGUCCUCCAAAUCAAUGGAAGAACCACUAAACUGGCUGCUCUUCAACAAACACCUCACAAACGGCUUGUGUCGUGCCGUCACCAGGCACAGGAAGGUUCUGGAGAAAGUGGUGGACAUUGAUUAUGUCCUGAAGGCGCGUACAAUCAGGGAGUUUGACGAACGCUUCACCACUUUGCUCUUUGGUUAUAAAUCUUGUACGGACUAUUACCGCGACGCCAGCCCAGACAGAAAACUCUCCAACACAGCGGUGCCCAUACUGUGUCUCAACGCUGAAGAUGAUCCCUUUUCCCCCCGGAAUGCCUUCCCGUUGACCAUAGUCAGGGAGCUGCCUAACGUUGCUCUGCUGUUGACGGCCCAUGGUGGACACAUUGCCUUCCUGCAGGGUUUGUUUCCCCGUGGUGAGGGAUACAUAGAGCGUCUGUUUGGUCAGUUUGUCCAAGCCGUCUUUGAACACCCGAAGGAGAUCCGGAAAGCCUGUGGCAUUAAGGAGCAGAAGAUGAGAUGAUGGUUUUUUUGUCCUGUGUACCUGGCCUGAUGACUGCUAGCUAUGAAGAAUAUGAUGUCACUGCCAUCAUAGCAAGAAUUCACUUAAAUGCAUUGUUUGACCAUCUGUAUUGUACAGCCUCACUACAGCUGAGCUGAUCUACCUCCUCAUCGUCUCAGGUUCUCUUUUAAUCAGCAGUCGGAGACGGUUUUAAACAGCUGACACCUCAAGAAAUCAUGCAGCCUUUGUUAGUAGAAUAUAAAUUGUUUAACCAUAUUGGUUCUCCUUCACACCAUGCCAGCUUCACAUGGAGUACUAUAGUGUGUGCAGAAAGCACAUAUACACACAUAGUCCCUGUUUGUAAUGAGCGUUUCUAAUUCAAAUAGUUUUUAUGAGGUUAUUUAAGUAGAAAUGAAUUGCAUGUGGAAAUUAGAGCACCUCAUAUGCUAUUUGUAACCUGCUUAAAGGAUCAUACCUCCCCAUAGGCCUGCUUUACAAAACAAAUCACAAAGCACACCUAACUCUGAGGUAAACCUGCAAACUGUUCAUUUGUUAUUAUCUGUCAGUAUCAACCUAAGAACACCCACACAUCUGCCCUGAAGUAAAGUCUAAUGUAAUUGAUAUUUUCAUUAUUUAGGAUUUUAAUUUAAGAAAAAAAAAAACAACAGAAAUCUGUUCAAUGUAAAAGCAUUGUAUGCUUGUAUAUGGUUUUGCUGUAUGUUUGGCUGUGAUGUAAAUUAUGCAGUAUGGCAGCAGCCACUGAGCUGACACUGCCUGACAACCUCUAAGUCUCAGUGUGUUACCUGAGGUAUUUGCACCUGCUGUUAAUAAUUUAAUAGCAAGUAGUUCUGAAUUGAUGCAUGUGUAAUCGGUCCUUUUGCCUAACACACUGUCUGUCGUAUCUACACUGUGACCACUUUCAGUCCACGUGUUAAUUGUAUGAUCUGUAGUUGUAGAAGGGACUUUGGUGUGAAUUCAAUCAUUGAUUUUAAAUCUUUGUACAAAGACCAGGUCAGUGUGUGUGUGUAUGUGAGUACGUGCACCUGUGCCUGUGCAAACUGAAUGUCUUCUAAAAUCAGUCGGGAAUAUGCUGAAUGUUUUAUGUGUGUCACCAAUAGGGCACUGAUGAUGCAGUUUUAUUCUGCCAAUCAUUUAAGUUGUAUGUCACUUUGAACAGGAGCUACAGUUGUGUGACUUGACUUCUGACUGAGACAGAAAGACAUGAAAGUAUUACGAUGAUAGCAGCAAAUGUUGCUGGUUGCUGCCUUGAUGAGUUUAAGCUCUUUGCAAGCACUUGGAUUUAUUUGCUGUGUAUUUUUUUUAAUGGACACAUUUUUUUCCAGUCUCACUUUUCUGUAAGCUGUAACCACAUCUUCGGGCUUUAUGAAGUAUCUAUUUGGUUAUUGAAUAACACUUGAAUUAAAGAAUGACAAUAAUGCAGUU